CAUACAGAAAUGGAAGAAUAAAUCACAGAAAAUCGAAGGUGUAAACCAUUAGGGCUCGAAAACAUUUCGUUUCAUAUUUCUGAAAAUGGAUGCAAACUGCUGUUAAAAAGGUGCGUGACUGAUUCUGUAGAAAAGGAAAGAAUUCCAGCAAUUAACAUAGCAAAGCAAUUUGCUUGAUAACUCGUUCUCCGAUUACUCUCUUCCUCUACUCUCUGGACUUUGGCUUUAUACAGAGACUCUGCCCAAGUGGAAGCAGCUUCGUUUAGUUAUCACUAUGGCCGGAAAAAAGAGGAAGCUGAAAUCGUUAGCUGAAACGGUGACUGAGAACAAAAGCAUGACCAUGAAAGAGAAGAAAGAGAAAUUGGAGCUGCAGGGUUGGUCUGACCUUCCUACAGAACUCUUAGAAUCGAUUACAUCCAGUCUAACCCUAGACGACAAUGUCCGUGCCUCCGUUGUUUGCAAGAGAUGGCACUCAGUUGCAAUCUCUGUCCGGGUAGUAAAUCGAUCACCAUGGCUUAUGUACUUCCCAAACUGUGCUAACUCGCAUGAAUGUGUUGACCCAUCAAUACGCAAGAAAGGUAACUUGUAUGAAUUUUAUGACCCAUCACUACGCAAGACACAUUUCAUUGUGCUGCCUGAGAUGAAUGGGUGUAGGGUUUGCUACACUAAAGAUGGCUGGUUGUUGCUAUACAAACCCAGGUCUCAUCAGUUGUUCUUCUUGAAUCCCUUUACUCGCGAAGUGAUUAAACUGCCUACAUUUGAGUUGAAUCUUCAUGUUGUUGCCUUCUCUUGUGCCCCAACAUCUACCAGCUGCAUGCUUCUUACAGUUAAGGACAUUGGUCCACAAACUGUUGCUGUUAGCACUUGCCAUCCUGGUGCAUCAGAGUGGGUUACUGUUAAUUACCAACAUCAUUUGCCCUUUCCCUUUUAUAUUGGUAUUAUGAAUAAGUUUGUUUUCUGCAAUGGACUUUUCUUUUGUCUGAGUUCCAAUGAUUGGCUAGGGGUCUUUGACCCACUGGAACGUACUUGGAAUGUUCUUGCUGUGCCUCCACCCAAAUGCACCGGGAAAUUGUUGAAAGAUUGGUGGAAGGGCAAGUACAUGACGGAGCAUAGAGGGAAAAUAUUACUUAUUUAUGCUUGUUCUAGAAUAGCAAACCCCAUUGUGUUUAAGCUGGAUCAGAGAAACAUGGUAUGGGAACAGAUGAAAACCCUUGAUGGUGUCACUUUUUUUGCUAGUUUCUUGUCGUCUCAUUCCAGAACUGACCUUUCUGGGCUGAUGAAAAACAAUGUUUACUUCCCCAAAGUUCGUAACCCUGGAAAGCAUUGCAUUUCAUACUCUUUCGACAAUUGUAGAUACUAUCCGAGUAAACAGUGUCGUGACUUGGGAGCUCAUUAUUCCCCUGAAAAUCUCUGGAUUGAACCCCCCUAUGACUUCACAAGCUUCACCUGAACAAAUCUAGUUGCAGAAGAAUGGUUUAGUUGAGCAUUUAGAAAUUUUUUAUUCAGAUGUUUAGCUGUGACUGCAUUGGAUGGAAUGCUAUAUUGCUGUAAAUUUCUGUAUUACUAAUAUCCUACAAAGUGACUUUGUUUAUGCUUGUAGAAGAACUAAUGUUCGACUUCUGUUUUCUUUUAUCAUGAGUGUCUGUCAGGUGUAAAAUGUUACUUGUGAUUGCAGUGAGAUUCGGACAGCUUGCUGUGACUGCUACAAAGUAACUUUAUUCUACUAUCUAAUUUCUUUAUAUAUAUAUAUAUAUAUUUUAUUGUUUU